AUGGCCCUGUCUGGAGGGCCGAUUGUUCAGUUUGGAAGAGUGGAAAUUUUCAACAUUUACCGGUCUAGAAUCAACAUACAUAGCAUACUGGACGGAAAGACGGCAAAGGGUGGUGUUUCUCCACACACAGGAGGACGGGACGAGAGACCACCCCAAGUCUCCGGGCUUAGUGCCCCUCCCUCAGCAUCCAAGUCAAAAUGGAUUCCUCCAAGUUGUGUGAAACGAGACGUCUCAUCCGUAAAAGAAAAGAAUGAUUCUGUAUUCCGUAAAGUAAGAGGUAUCCUCAAUAAACUCACCCCAGAUAAGUUUGACAAGCUAAGUUUGGAACUCCUUAAUGUGGGAAUUGAGUCACAGGUCAUACUCAAGGGCAUUAUUUUACUGAUAUUUGAGAAAGCUUUAGAAGAACCAAAGUACAGUACAUUGUAUGCUCAACUGUGCCAUCGACUAUGUGAGGACGCGCCAAACUUCGAGCCACCCAACUCCAACAUCUCUACCUUCCGGCGCUUGCUCCUCAACAAGUGUCAGGAUGAAUUUGAGAACCGCUCUAAAGCCACAGAAGUGUAUGACAAGAGAGACCUGCCCCUGGACGAUGAGGAACAUGAACAAUACCAUGUGGCCAAAGGAAAAAUGCUUGGCAACAUCAAAUUUAUUGGUGAGCUGGGCAAGCUGGAGAUGCUGCAUGAAGGUAUUCUUCAUAAAUGCAUUAAACAGCUUCUGGAGAAGAAAAAGAAUGUGCCAGUUCGAGACAUGGCUGAGGACUUGGAGUGUUUAUGCCAGAUAAUGCGCACCGUCGGUCGACGCCUUGAUACACCAAAGGCUAAGGCCUGGAUGGACCAAUAUUUUGUGCGGAUCGCGGCCUUUGCUUGCAACAUGGAGCUGCCUUCGAGAAUCCGCUUCAUGCUUCAAGACGUUUUAGAGCUGAGGAGGAAGAAGUGGGUUCCCAGGAAGGUGGUGAGUGAUGCAGGGCCUAGAACCAUAGCUCAGAUCAGACAGGAGGCUGCUGAUGAGACUGGUGUCUUCAUUCCCUCUAAUCAUGCUCAGAUGCCAACUGGACGGAUGGCGAGGGCCAUGAACGGUGGUCUCCCUCCUAACCUCAGAGGCAGUAUGGCGGACGUCUUUGGCCUUGGACCGGGAAUGAUGGGGACAAUUGGGACUGGCCCAGGCGUUAUCACAAUGGACAGCUUCAUGUCUAGCUUUCCUGGGAACUCCAGCAGAAACAGAGGCAAUCAACAAAACCAAGGAUUUAAUCCCCAGUACAGUGGAAAUAACAGACGGUCAGAUUCUGGAAGUCCACGUGGGAAUCGCCGUGGAAACAACACAUCUCCUCAACCAAACAAUCAGAACCAAUCUUCUCAACAGAGGCAAUCCCCAAGUAACCGGGACUUGCCACCAAGAUUCCAGAAAAUGUCGCAGGGUAACAGUCCAGGAGGUGGGUCCUCGGGUGGUUCUGGGGGAUCUAAGGAAGAGAUCAGCUUGCGGCCUGCCAGGAACUUCAUGGUGUUCAAGCCGAGCGCUCCCAGCAUGUUACCCCGGUCCGCUCAGCUUCCUCCUGUGAUGAACUCUGCCCCUCUCCAGCCCCCUGGCUCUCAGUCAGACAUACCCAACCCUCUACUGCAAAAACAGGCUCAAGUCACCAUCAAACAAGUCAGUCAAGAUAAGAACAAAGCCCCAAAGAAGCAGGUGUUGAACAGAGAAGAAACCUUGAAAGCAGCGAACACCAUGCUGGAAGAGUACCUGGAGUCCGGUGACAUGGCCGCUGCGAUAGCAACACUCAAAGACAUAGCUGUCAACAAGUAUAUACCAGAGAUUCUGACUAAAGCACUCACAAUGACCAUAGAUCUUUCUGAUGACGACAAACGUGAAGAAGUGAUGGUUUUCAUAGCCAAAGCUAAAUCUGAGAAUCUCAUUUCCCCGGAACAGUUUCAGGAGGCUUUUGAAGUCCUUCUUGACCAAAUGGCUGGCCUUGAAAAUGAAAUACCUCUAGUACGGUCAUACACAGCUAAGAUAGCUGCUUGGGCUGUUUCCAAGGAUGUGGUUACGUUGACAGAGCUGUCGACGCCUAUGGAGAAUGGAAGUCACUACCCCCUGUUCCUGCUUUGUUUACAACAGAUGCACAAAGUCAAAGAUAAAGACUGGCUUAUCAACAUAUUUAAUGACAGCAAGAUUAACUUGCAAAACAUGCUUCCAGAAUCUGAGCGUAACAAGGAGAGAAUGAUGGAGAUUUUGGAGGACCGAAGCCUGACCUUCCUGUUCCCACUGCUGAGGGUUCAGGCGGAUCUUGUCAAACAGAUCCAAGCCGACCCCAACGCAGCCUCCAUCUACAAAUGGAUCAAGGAGAGAGUGGACACCUCAUUGCUCUACACUCCAAACUUUGUCAACAUUCUUACUUCUAGCCUCCUUAAAUAUAUCACCCAAGAAAGUGGCACAGUGGGAGAGUCUGUUGACCUGAACAUGGUAGCAGACAAAGCAAGCACUGAGAAAGAAAAACUUCUGUUGGAUAAAAUGAAGGGAGUUUUGCAGAAGUUCCUUCAUGACAAUAUCAAACUUCAAAUUGCUUCAUUGUAUUCUGUCCAGGUGUUUUGCUUCAAUCUGAAGUUCCCCAAAGGGAUGAUCCUGCGCCUGUUCAUGCACCUGUACGACAUGGAGAUUGUGGAGGAGGAAUCCUUCAUCAAGUGGAAGGAGGAGGUGAAUGAUGAGUACCCCGGCAAAGGGAAAGCACUCUUCCAGGUGAACCAGUGGCUGACCUGGCUGGAACAGGCAGAGGAGGAGACCGAUGAGGAGGAUGAAGAUGAAUAAUCCACUAGAAUCCCCUACUGGGGCGGUGCACUAGAGGAGACGACAUGGCUCGUAUGACUGGGAAUAAAGCAGACUCAGAGUUCUUUGCUUCAGACAUUUUGUUUAGGAAAUCUCAUUGUGUUUGUGGUACUCAGUGGAAAUUGCCCUAAGACCUACAAAAUCUACCCUUACGUUUAUGGAAGUUAAGCACAAACUUCUAGGUCUUGGUUGACGAUAAAAUAUCCAGUUCUAUUGAGCGAACACCCCUAAUACAAAAUCUGACAUUAGUAAAGAGAUGAAAAACGUUAAAUCUGAGCUUAAAGAUCAAGGACUAAGGAACCUGACAUUCAGCAUUCACGCAGUGGCUUGGGAGCUGUUGGCAUGGUAUCGAAUGACACACUGGAAGAACCUGCAUAGUAAAACCAUCAGUGUGUCUUUUGUUUGACCCUGGAAACAGAAGGUGCACAAAUCUAGUAUGUUGAAGAUCAUGUGAAAUGUACCAGACUGGAAUCCUAGUGACACAAGAAAUGGCAGAGCUUCGGCAUGUGAUUGUCCACUUUACAGCUCCUCUUAUUUACAACCUAAGUUAAUGAUCAGUGCAGUUAUACAAGAAUUUGUACAUAUUGGCCCCUGUUUAUCGGCUUAAGAGAGAAUAGACGUUCGAUAACUAUAUAUAGCAUCAUUUGUUUUGCAAACCUAAUUCAUCGUGAUAACAAAUUAAUAAUGCAUGGAUUUCAUUUAACUGAAAUAGUCCAUUAGUAGCAUUUUUAACUGACCGGACAGAUUUCUUUGUUGAUACUGUCUUCAGAAGUCAUUUUUAUUGAUUGGGGUGAAAGUAGAUAACUUUGACAUCUGAUUGAUUUGUUUAAAGUUCCUAAAUGGUCAAUCAAGUUCCAACCUUAUAACGUCUUCUAUUAAAAUGGAUUCUGACUACUCACUCUAAUUAUGAUACUUGGCUUUAUAAACUUAUUUUCUUGCUAAACUAACAAUUUUUAAUGAGAUUUUUAUGCCUUGUGCUAAAUUAUGGAGGAACUUUGAUCUGCUAAAAAGAAUGAAAUGUCAACUGUUGAUUUUAUGGGGGGAGAUAAAAAUGUUCAUUUCAAAAUUAAUGUGUCAGGUAAUUAGUUUUAUAUGAUUCAUUUAAAGAGCACCAAGAAUUAAGCACCAAGAUAAAUGAAUUUGCCAGAAGUUAUCAGUGUUAAAAACUCAGCGAGGGGAAAUGAAUGAAAAACUUUGAAGAUAAAGUCAGGAAAUAAAUUAUAAUCAAGUCCAAAACUAUGUCGAUAUUGAAUAUUGUCUGUGGUUGUACAAUAGAUAUUACUAUGCUACCUUGGUGGCAUUCUGUUUUGUCUCUUAUACCAGAUUUCUUGAGUUAAUACAGUUUAAUCAUAUGAAAAAUGACUGUCCUUGUGAUGAUUAAUGGUGUAUUUGGUGUUUCUGGUAGAUUUCAAGAAAAUCAGCUCUUUGGAAGUAAUCAAAAUUUUGAGUACCGGUAUUUUAAUAUAUUUCUACAAAGAAGAAAAAAACAUGUAAUCCAUUCAGUUCAAUUGUUUCUAGCUGUUAAUCCUAACCCUUAAAUAAUAGACAAUAGAAUAUCCCAUUUUGUAAAAGCUUUUGUGUCAUAUAUCUGCUGGAUACGAUAGACUGGUUGGCUAUUAUGGUUGGAUUCUGCAUUUAUUAAACUUAGUAUUCCAUCAAUUAUUAUAUACAAUCCAAUUGUCUCUGGCAGACAUUAUUCAAUGGAUGUUUUGUGAAUGCUGUAUUUAAAUGUUCCACAUUCUCAGCACCUAAGGCCAUUAGCGCUUGAUGGGCAUCGCCAGCAUUAGAACUGAUGCAUUACCCUUUGUAAGUAAGCAUAACAUUAGUGCUGGCAAAGUCUUUGAAGUGGUUUUGGCCAACAACACUUGGUACAAGGUAAUAAAUGUACAAUCACAGUUGUGAGCUGCCGGGUAGGGAUCAUUACUUAAAUAAAGAUGCAUGUUUGUCUUCUGUCA